ACAGCGAACGGCUGGGUUAGGCUGUCCUACACAAGAAUUGAACAGAAGACGGUAUGAUGGCGGGACAGAACGAAUCUGACCGUGCGAGUCGGCCACCGCUGGGAGGGAACACACAACGAAAUAGAGAAGAACGAGGCGGAAAAGAUGCUGAGGAGCAUACACAAAACGGAGAGGUAGAGAACCGCCGAGACAGUGAUGGGAGAAACUGGGAUAAAACACAUGAACUGGAAGAAGUCGGAGCCUUGAACGAGGAAGAAGCUGUUCUGGCAAGUGAAGAUGGACGAGAUCGCGUUGUCAUCACGGCGCAGCCUCUACGCUUGGAAACAGUUUUCGCAUUCGUCCAAAGUUCGUUCUGUGGAGCUACGUCUGUAUUUGUCGGUACAACUCGAGCUACUUCAGCUCUGGGUACCUCUUCUGGUUCAACCUCGCGUACUUGUCUACGGGCGUCGCUUGCCCUUGCUGAUGAGCCGUUUCCUUCCUCGGCGUUUUGUGAUUCUUCGCCUUCUUCAUCAGACAACAUAGUCAACAGCUCACCUCGACAUCAAACCAGCAAGGGGGCAAUAUCGGCCUCCGGCUCGUUUGUGCCAUGCCAAAAUCCGCGAACGAACUCUCCUGUCUCAGACGCCUCCACCUCUCAUUCUUCCUUCAGUCAACCACCCGGUGUUACGUCUCAAAUUCAUCCGCAUUUAUCCCUCCCUCGCAUCGCUUUUAGCUCUGAUCCUCACAUUGUAGAUUCUGUGCACAGUCGGGCCUCCCCAGAUUCCAUCGCCUGUCGUCAGCCGUCACCGCCGUCCUGCCAGCUCGCAGAGUCCCAGCUGGAGAAGGGAAUUGUGACAGAGUGCCCUUUAGGAAAAGGGGUGGAACUUUCGAGCUCGGGAGAAAGAGGGAAGUCCUCGAAUGAAAGUGAAGUUACAGAUACGGAAUCAAAUGCGAAAGACGUUCAAAGGGAAGCAGAGCGGCAAGCAGUGGAGGCGCUACAGGGCCACAGAGAAGGAUGCAGAAACCAAGAGCAAGAGCAGCCGUUCCAGAGGGAAGAUGAUGAAGCGGUCUAUGACGUUGUUGCUCUGGAUUUAGAAUGUUAUACAUCCAUGGCUAUCAAGGGUCUUCUUGCCAUCUGCAGCACUGCACGACAGUCGUUUCCUCAAGUGGAGAGAAUUGCAGUCUCUCAUAGAAAGGGUCGGGUCGCUGUAGGAGAUCCAGCUCUGAUUGUCUGCACAUCGUCGCCACACCGGAGUGCAUGUAUGGGAGCCUGCUCCUUGGUGGUCGAGCUCGUGAAGCAUCAUCUGCCGUUUUGGAAGGAGGAAAUACUCUUGAAACGGGCUAAAGGGCAUGAUAAGCAGACCACAGGAAAUGACAACUCGAGAGCGUGCAGGAGCAUUGACAAGGGAGAUGCUUUAGCUCACGGCAUCCGCGGAUUUAACCACUCAUCGGAUACGAUCGAGUCAGCAACGGAGAGACGGAGAGUUCCGGGUACAUUCCUGCUGCCCCUGCCUUGUGUUCGUACUUCUCUAUAUCCGACGUGAGAGUACAACAGUGGCAGAGAAGGCGUUUACGCUGGAGAUAAAGCAUACUGCCCACUCACUGUUUUUCACCCCUCCUAGGGUGUCGAUUACGAAGCGAAAUAGCUGUCUAUGAAGUUCUUUCCUCGGCGAUGUGGGCUUUUAGGAUAGAUUUAUCGGGUGCAUAGGAACGCCAACGCACGCAUAGGCACACAUCGCGGAUUUCGCCGAACGGCAGGCCCAAUGUGUCGCAUUACUUAAGCAACAGGUGACUGGCGUCACUGCAGAGCCACUGAAGUUGACGAUGAAACU